AUGCCCCUCGGGUGCAAAUACCGGGCGAAAACCCCUGGAUCGACCCAGCCCCCCAGCGCGACUGCGACUGCGACUCACUCGGCGCCAAACCACACCUCCACCGAGGAUGCGACCCUCCCGGAUACUCAAGAACUUGAGCUUGAGCUAGCUUCAACUUCCUCGACUUCCUUGCCUCGCCCAAUUGUCGAAAUCGUGGUUGGAAAAGACGAUAACCAGACGGUUUUGACUGCCCUUCAGACUCUCCUCCUGGAAUCGCCGUUUCUCGUGAAAUUGGUCCAAGAAUUUGAAGCAUCGGGACCAGUGAGUCGAUCUUGCAUACAGAUCAAACUACCCGAAGAGGACGUCGAUGCCUUCGGUUGCGAUUUACAAUUCCAAUACACGCGCGAUUACACUGUGCCACAGCCCGACUCUACAGACCCUGCGGUAAAUUAUGGCUCCGAGACGUUGCUCCGCCAUGCGCGAAUUUACACAUUGGCCGACAAGCUGGGACUGCCAGCAUUGAAGAGUCUUGCCCAUAGCAAGAUCCACAAGGUCAAAAGCUCGCCCCAUGCAGAGCAUCUCUAUGCUCGCUGCGUCUAUACCAAUACCCCUGCCUCAGACACCACGAUUCGAAAGCCAGUUGCCUCCUACUGGGCCAGCCACAGCCAUACCCUUCGUCGCGAUGUUGGUGAUGACUCAAGAACCUCUGCGUUAAGGUGCCUGAGAUCUCUUUCGAUGUCCAGGACCAUAAUCCUGGACCGGAAGGAGAAGCAGAUACCGUCUGAUGAGAUCAAGGGGAGCGCGCGCAAGCGCAGAAGGGAUCUGUGA